UGGUUUUAUCAAAGGUUUCACGAAUAGCGCUCAGAGUUUCACAGUGGGAUUUGGACAUGUGGAACGUGUAAUGCGCACGAUUUUUGUUAAAGAAUUGUACAUUUGGCCUCGGUUCCAUUCGUCCGUGAUACAAAGUUUGAAAAAGCAUGAGCCACAAGUGAUUGAAUUGCAUAUACCGAUUUCGGAGAAGAUGAGUAAAAUACAGACGAACCUAUUGGAUUUGAUGAAUCUAUCUGUUAAAGAAUUGAAGAGAAUAAAUCGAACUUUGGAGCUUCAACAAAUCACGGUCGAGAAUUGUUUGGUGAAGAAUUUCCAUAAGGUGCUGCAGUCGCAAUUGGAUUGCAUUUGGAAUCAGCUGAGUUCGAAGAGCAAACAGUUGAUUGCGGAUUUGAAAAUUCUCAGGCAUUUGCUGAUAUCGCUCUUCUACUCAGAUCCAGUGAGCUUCUACACCACGCUGAUGACUUAUAGGACUCUCGAGUACGCUCAGACCUCACUUUGGGUGCUGAUGGAACCAGCGAACCAGUUAUUCGCUAAUGCCGCAGCUUUAGUCUUUAACACUAAGAAAGAACUAAAACCUGAAUAUUGUCCAAAAUGGAAAUCGCUAAUGGAAAUUCUGAAAGUGGAAAUUCCCAACGAAAUAAAAACACUGAGCGGAGAUGAGAAUACCAAUGUUUUAAUUUUAUGCCAGGACGCGAAGACGUGUUAUCAACUGAAUCAGUUCUUAACGCAAGGAGCGAAUCAUUACUUGCUGCUGAUGGCGCUGCAGAAGGAACUCAAGUUCACAGCAGUCAGCACAGAAUACCAGGAUUGUGAACUAUCGCAAACACUCUCGCAAAGCGUUUCAUCCAAAGAAUCGAAGAAAAGUAAACUCAACAAUUCUGAGGUUGAAGAGCUGGAAUCCAUGAAAGACUCUUACAUUUUAUCUCUUACUUCCAAUUUUCUUUCCGAGGAUAUUGAAGACGCUGCCGAAGACAACGACGUCACAUUUGAACCAUUCCCUGAGAUGGAAAAUAUGAAUUUCACGCAACUGUUGGAAGGCAAAAAGAAAGCGCCCACGAUUCUCAUACAAACUUUUAAACACUCGGACAAUUUCCUUUCACUGCUGAGAACUUUGGAUGAAAUUAAACCGAAUUUUAUCAUCAUGUAUCAUAGUAAUAUUACAGCUAUCCGACAAAUUGAGUUGUACGAGGCUCGGAGGCAAAAGAAGUCUUCGUUAAAAGUUUAUUUCUUGAUACACGGAGAGACUGUCGAGGAGCAAAGUUAUUUGACUUCUUUGAGGCGCGAGAAGAAGGCUUUCGAGUAUCUGAUUGAAACGAAAUCUACAAUGGUGGUACCUGAGGAUCAAGAUGGAAAGACCGAUCAGUGUUUGGCAUUGCAAAGGGAUGUCAAAGAGGCGGAGGUUAACACGAGAAAGGGCGGAGCAACGGAAACACCCGAAGUCAAGAAAGUUGUGAUCGUUGAUAUGCGAGAGUUCCGAAGCGAGUUGCCUGCUUUGAUCCAUAAGAGAGGAAUGGAAAUCGAACCAUUGACCAUAACAGUCGGCGAUUACAUUUUAACUAAAGAUAUUUGCGUUGAGCGUAAAAGUCUUUCAGAUUUGGUGGGGUCUCUAAAUUCCGGUAGAUUGUAUACUCAGUGCACUCAAAUGAGCCGAUAUUAUACUAGGCCGAUGCUUUUAAUUGAGUUCGAUCAGAACAAACAAUUCUCUUGGCAGAGUAAUUAUAUGAUUUCUAGUGAUGAAAAUAGCUUCGAAAUACAGCAGAAACUGCUGCUGCUGACGCUGCAUUUCCCUAAAUUGAAGAUAAUCUGGAGUCCGAGCCCGUACGCGUCUGCUCAACUAUUUGAGGAGCUAAAGGAAGGUAAGGAUCAACCUGAUAUAGAGUACGCUAACGCGAUAGGCAGUGAACAAGACGUCGAUGUAAUUGAAACUAAAUACAAUACGAGCAUCUACGAUUUCGUGCAAAAGUUGCCGGGAAUCACCUCGAAGAACAUCGACAUUUUCCUGAGGCGUUACAAGAACAUGAGCGAAGCUUCGAAAGCCACUAAGGAAGAGCUGAAAGAUGUCCUCGGUAAUUCGGCUGACGUCGAUUUGUUCUACUCGAUCCUACACGAAAGCCACCAAAUACCGGUCGCCCAGGACCAAAUGAAAACCAAGGGAAAGCUCAAAAACAAAUUUAAAUUCUGCAAAAAGUAAAUGAAUUUGAAUAAACAAUUCAACUUGUA